AUGGCGAGCCAAGACCGUGGUGAUCAAUUCCAAGAAAAGCAAGGCUCGGCAAUGGCCGAACCCCAUGAAGACGACGGUGGAUCCGUCGCUUCUUCCUUCGAUGACAUCCCUAUCCGACGAAACGGAACCAAGGACGAGGACGGCAUUGCGCAGAGAUCCGACACAAGAGACGUACGUUCGACAGUCUCAGAGGAAGUAAGGAGAACCACCAGCAAUGUCAUCGCACACGUCGCCUCACGCAUCACCACCAGGACAUGGCCCGAACCACCGCCUCCGCCGGAUGGAGGUAUCAAUGCCUGGACGCAAGUCGCAAUGGGCUGGCUGGUCAUCUUCACCACAUGGGGAUGGGUAAAUUCGUUUGGUAGCUUUCAGACCUACUACACAUCCGUACUGCCACAGACUCCCUCCGCGAUAUCUUGGAUUGGGUCUGUGCAGAUAUGGUUUUGCCUAGUCAUAAGCGUCAUAUCUGGCCGUCUGCUCGACGCCGGUCUGUUUUUGCCGACGUUUCUGGUCGGCGCGGUCAUUCAAGUUCUCGGGAUGUUCUUGAUGAGCAUCUCAAACCAAUACUGGUCUCUGAUGCUGACCCAGGGCGUCCUGACGGGAAUCGGAGCCGGAAUCUUCUUCACCCCGUCUCUCGCCCUCGUGGCGACUUACUUCAACGAGAGACGUGGCCUCGCUGUCGGGCUUGCGACGACGGGUAACUCAGCUGGCGGAAUAAUCUAUCCGGUCGUUGUUAGGCAGUUGAUCCCCACAUUAGGGUUCGCAUGGACUACGAGAGUGCUAGCGUUCAUCAACUUAACAUGUCUUUCCAUCGUGUUUGCCUUUAUGCGCCCACGCCUACCGCCUAGGAAAUCAGGCCCCAUUAUCGAUUGGUCCGCGUUUCGCGAGUUGCCAUAUUUGGGAGUCGUGGGCGGAAUAUUCGCGACAUCAAUGUCCAACUACUUCACCUUCUAUUAUAUCGCAUCUUUUGGCAGAGAAUCAUUGGGCCUCUCGUACUCGGCUGCCUCGAUCAUGGUCAUCCUUAUCAACGGAGCCGGAAUCGUAUUCCGAGUUAUACCUCCCAUCAUCGCUGAUCGCAUCGGACCAAUCAAUGUCAUGUUCCCCGUGACCUUCGCGUGGGCUCUUGUGGCGUUUUGCUGGUUGGGCGUGCACAGCGUACCAGGCUUGUACGUCUUCACGUGUUUCUACGGUAUCUGUUCGGGGAGCUUCCAAUGUCUCACGGCAACGACGGUUGCAAGCAUCACGAAGAGACUGGACACGGUUGGAACGAGGCUGGGGAUGGCUUUUAGCAUUUCUUCUUUUGCCUCAUUGACCGGACCACCUAUUGGUGGGGCAAUCCAGGCUGCCAGCGGUGGAAAAUUCACAGGUGCGCAAGCGUGGGCAGCUUCGAUGACUUUUAUCGGGUUUUUAUGCUUCGCGUUCGUGAGGUUUAAUAAGGCUGGGUUGGAGCUCAAGGUGAGAUGCUAGGCAUGGGUAAAAAUGGUAUGGGUUUAUGAUAGGCUGGAAAAUUGGAGGGAUUCUACGAAUAAUCAUUAAUAUAUAGUCGAUAAUAUGCGGGCAAGGACUGGUAUAGGUCCUCGGCUUCAUCUGGCUACCUAGGUACCAGGUAAGC